AUGGCGAAAUCGUCGACGACGACGACCUUCUUCGUCGUCAACCAAUUCACCGGAGAACUAUUCGGCAAGCCUACGAUCGUGGACGUCGCUGCGGCGCACGUGUUGCCCUUCACUCUACCCACAGGCGAAGACGCGCUGAUCGUCGUCGACGCCGAAGGCCGCGCGGCGACGUACCCGAAGCGGGCCGAGCCGAGCGCGUUGGACGCGCUCAAUAGUCUGUCGUACUACAAAGUCGAUCAAACGACGAACGAGGUGCGAGGGUACAAACUUCGCAAAGCCUCGGAUGGAAUGACGACGAUGGAUUCUCUGCACACGUGGACGGUGUCGUUCCCACCAGCAGCCGGUUCCAUCGUUGGAUUCGCAAACAAGCCCACGUCUGAAGAACGCGUCAACUCGUGGACGCGCGUGCCGGGCGAUCGCUCGACACUCUUCAAGUAUCUCAAUCCAAACACCAUCUUCGUCGCCACGAGCGACGGAACCGCGGUGCACGUGAGCUUGAUCGACGGCGUCACGGGAAGGAUAUUGUAUCGCGUUCGCCACGGCGACGCGCGCGGACCGGUAAAAGCCGUGGUAUGCGAAAAUUGGGUGGCGUAUCACUACUUCAACACGCGAGCGAAGCGGUACGCGAUGAGCGUGCUCGAAAUGUUCGAUGACGGCGAAGAACGGCGAAACUUAGCGACGUCCAGCUCGUUGAAUCCGCCACCCUUGCGCAUCAUCGGUCAGAGCUAUUACGUUCGCCCGGAAGCCAAGAUGAUUUCCGUGACGCGUUCGAAGCGGGGCGUCACCGAGCCGGCGGUUCUGCUCGCCACGGCGAACGAUCAAGUCGCGGCAAUCGAUAAGCGAUUCUUAGAUCCAAGGCGCCCGAACAAACCAUCGGCGGCGGACCGAGAGGAAGGUUUGAUCCCGUACACCGAAGUCAUUCCGAUUUUUCCCGGAAGCUGGGUCACGCACAAGCGCGUCGUACACGGCCUUCGCGGUCUCGUCACGGCGCCCGCCGAGCUCGAAUCGUCUAUUCACUUCGUCGCUCAUGGUUUGGACUUGUUUUACGCCCGCAUCACCCCGAGUCAAUCCUUUGACGCCUUGGACGAUGAUUUCAAUUAUGUAUUGCUCGUCUUCACCUUGGUCGCGCUCGCCGUCGGCGCUUUCGUGACAAAGCGCGCGGCGGAUGCGGCUGACGCGAAUCACGCGUGGCGAUGA